GGACACGAUCUCAUCUCCAUAUUAGGCCCAAUAAAAUUACUUUUAACCGAACCCGAAACCCCGAGAUGUUUGUUUUCUAGCGCAAAACCCAAUUUCCGUUGCCGCGUACCGAAUCCCGGGCUACCUCGCCGUUAAACCCUAAACCCUGAAACAGACCUCGUUUUGCAGUUCCUUGUCAUUUUCUCUCAGUGGCUCAUAUAUUUUACACCAUAAUUCCAUGGCGUCGUCCAUGGGGAGCCGGGUUAACCCACUCCUCAACACCCUCCCUCAUUACCUCACAUGGCGGGCUUUAGGCUUCCGUACCAUUUGCAGCGGCCGCCUAGGCUUUGCUCCUCAGUCGGAGCAGCAGCUAGUUUCCGAAUCCCCUGUCGCCGGAACCAAAGUCCUCGAGACUUUCAGAGAAGAAUUCGAGAUUGGAUCGCGAUUAAUUACGCUCGAAACGGGCAAGAUUGCUCGCUUCGCUAACGGUGCCGUGGUUUUGGGCAUGGAGGAGACUAAAGUCUUGUCCACCGUUGCCUCAGCUAAAGGAGACGCUGCUCGCGAUUUCUUACCCCUUACCGUUGAUUAUCAAGAGAAACAAUUUGCUCAAGGGACUAUUCCACACACAUUCAUGCGGAGGGAGGGUGCUCCAAAAGAACGUGAGCUCUUAUGUGGUCGCCUUAUUGAUCGACCAAUUCGUCCACUUUUUCCUGCAGGAUUUUUCCAUGAAGUUCAGGUAAUGGCAAGUGUGCUUUCUUCUGAUGGAAAACAAGAUCCAGAUGUAAUGGCAACUAACGCGACAUCUGCUGCUCUUAUGCUAUCAGAUAUUCCAUGGGGUGGCCCAAUUGGAAUGAUACGUAUAGGGAGAAUCUCUGGUCGGUUUAUUGUCAAUCCAACUAUGGAUGAGCUUAGCUUAAGUGAUCUAAACUUAGUGUAUGCCUGCACAAAGGACAAAACAUUAAUGAUUGAUGUGCAAGCUCGUGAGAUAUCAGAGAAAGAUCUUGAAGCUGGUCUAAGAUUGGCUCAUCCUGAGGCAGUGAAAUAUCUGGAACCUCAAAUGAGAUUGGCUGCGAAAGUGGGUAAACAUAAGAAGGAAUACAAAUUGUCAAUGGUGUCUGAUAGAACAAUUGAGAAAGUUCACAAGUUGGCAGCAGCUCCUAUAGAAACUGUUUUCACUGAUCCUACAUAUGGCAAGUUUGAACGUGGAGAGGCUCUAGAUAAAAUUGCACAAGAUGUUAAAAGAGAGCUUGAAGAAGAAUGUGAUGAAGAGAGCUUAAAAGUUUUGUCAAAGGCAGUAGACACAGUGAGGAAAGAGGUUGUCCGUAAAAGGAUUAUUAGAGAAGGAUUGAGAGUUGAUGGGAGGCGUCUUGAUGAAGUCAGGCCUUUGUAUUGUGAAGCUGGUAAUUUACCGAUGUUACACGGAUCAUCACUCUUUUCUCGUGGAGAUACACAGGUGCUUUGUACUGUAACACUUGGGGCACCUGGUGAGGCUCAACGUUUGGAAUCCCUUGUUGGUCCCUCAAUAAAACGUUUCAUGCUUCAUUACAGUUUUCCACCAUUCUGUAUUAAUGAAGUUGGUAAACGAGCUGGCCUGAACAGGCGUGAAGUUGGGCAUGGAACUCUAGCAGAGAAAGCUCUGCUUGGUGUUUUACCACCUGAAGAUGACUUUCCAUAUACAGUCCGCGUCAAUUCUGAAGUCAUGGCAUCUGAUGGUUCAACAUCAAUGGCAACUGUAUGUGGAGGCAGUAUGGCUUUGAUGGAUGCUGGCAUUCCACUGCGUGAGCAUGUGGCUGGUGUCUCUGUGGGUCUUGUUACUGAAGUUGAUCCAUUGACUGGCACAAUAAAGGACUACCGCAUAUUGACUGAUAUUCUGGGCCUGGAAGAUCACUUGGGAGACAUGGACUUCAAAAUUGCUGGCACCCGAAAAGGAGUUACAGCAAUUCAGUUGGAUAUAAAACCAGCUGGAAUUCCUUUAGAUAUUAUUUGUGAGAGCUUGGAGCCUGCUCUUAGAGGUCGUAUUCAAAUCCUUGACCAUAUGGAGAGAGAGAUCAAUGCACCACGUACUCGUGAUGAUGGGAGUUCUCCUCAAUUAGCUACCUUAAAGUACAGCAAUGAUGCCCUUCGUCGCUUGCUGGGACCUCUUGGUGCUUUAAAGAGAAAAAUUGAAGAGGAAACGGGUGCACGUAUCUCAGUGAGUGAUGGGACACUUACUAUACUUGCUAAGACACAGCCUGUAAUGGACAAAGUACUAGAAAAGAUUGAUUUUAUACUUGGACGUGAGAUUGAAAUUGGAGGGAUCUAUAAAGGCGUGGUCACUUCAAUCAAAGAAUAUGGGGCAUUUGUAGAGUUUAAUGGUGGCCAACAAGGUCUUCUACACAUAUCUGAGUUGUCACAUGAACCGGUUACCCGUGUUUCAGAUGUGUUGUCUGUUGGCCAGCAGCUUUCCCUGAUGUGCAUAGGCCAAGAUGUUCGUGGUAACAUUAAAUUAUCCCUUAAAGCAACUGUAUCACAACGUCAAUCUGAGACGAAUGAUGUGGUUGAAGGAUCUGCCCCAUCCAUGAAAGAAGCACCUAAGUAUUGGGCAUCAGCUGAAAAUGUAGUUAAUGAACAAGAGGGGGGGAAUGCUACUUCAGAGGAAUUAUCUGUGAAAAAUUAUGAAGUUGGUAGAGCAAAGCCUUCUACUUCCUCUAUACCAUCAAUUCUAAUUCGCAGUGCUGCAGAGUGUGAGGAGGAGGAAAAAUCUGCUGGUUUGAUUCAACAUUCUAGAAGCACUUCUCUAGGCUCUGGUGAUUCUAAAGCAGAUCACAAGUCAAAAACCCUCUCACAAAAGUCUCAGAAAUUUUUGGAUACUGAAGUUGAGGAUCAUGUAACUGCAAAAAGUCUGAAGCUAGGUACGAAGGUUACUGCCAAGGUUUAUCAAAUUCGUGCUCGUGGAUUGGUUCUUGAUUUAGGUGGAGGACUUCGUGGCAUGUAUCGGUUUGAGAAAAAUGGCAAGAAGGACUACGAGAUAGGUGAUGAAUUAAGAGUUGAGUGUUCCAGUUUUACUAGCAAGGGUAUUCCAGUAAUGUCCUCCUUGAUGGAUGAUGAAUAGCGUUGUUUUGACUGUAUAUACAAAGCUUGUCCUAAGAUUUGGCGGCUUUUGGAACCUUGCCACAGCCCUGCUAAUUAUAUAUUCUAAUAUCAGGAACUGUCUUGCAGCAGUUCGAGCUGUAUACUUUUGGGCCCUCGGAACCAUGCCAAAGCCUUGCUAAUCAUACAUUCUAAUAUCAGGAAAUGUGUCUUGCAGCAGUUCGAGCUGUAUGCUUUUGCUGUCAGUUUUGUCUAGUGGCAGAUAUGCUUUUUGUAAUUUUAUUUAUUUAUUUAUUUUUCCCUUUAUUUGUCUAGGAAAUUUUGCUUUCUAAUUUAUCAUUGAUGAUAUGUUAUGCCCGUGUCCCUUGUGUUUUUAAGGGACUAAAAAGAUUCGUGUAUCUCAAGAAAAAUAAGAAUUUUGUUAGCGAUGAUUUUUUUUUU